AUGAAAUCUCUCAUCCUAAUAAGCACACUGUUGAGCGUCGUCUCGGCCAGAUCCUCACCACAACGCCCAGCACCUCCCUCACACCAUGUCUUCUCGAAUCCACCAGCCCACGAUGAAGGCUACCGAAUACCCACACUCCGCGAGUCUGCAGCGAUGGCCAGAAAGAUCAUGCACCUGAGCACCAUCGGCGACCUCGUCUCUGUCUUCCCCGAGCAAACCCACACCAACGAACUCGACGCGCAAGAGAACAGACCCGCAGACAUAGCAGGCAGUCCAAUCGGCUUGAUGGAAUACUACGCCGACUGCGAUCCUCUGAGCGGAAACCCGAUCCUGCUGGCCAUAAACAUUGCAACACCAUACAAGAACUACAAUCAAGGGUCCAAUAUAAGUCUUGGGAUAAGAUGGUGGCCGAUCGAGAAGAACCACUAUUCUCUCUGGACAAGUGAUGACGACGAGGACAUUCCCACGCCACAUACGCCUGCUGCGCUUCCACGGUUCUCCCUGCACGGGCGACUUGAAAGAUUGUCUGAGGAGAGGCUGAAGGAUGGGAAGAUUCGGGAGUGCUUCCUGCGUGCUCAUCCAGAUUCGAUAUGUUGGCAGCCCGGCAAUGAGAUAUCCCACGAGAGCGAGUAUGUUCAGCUUGUUGUAGAUCACGUAUAUUGGUUUGGUGGAUUUGGAGAUCGUGCACGGAUUGGCUGGCUGUCUAUCGAGGACUGGAGGAAUUUGACGAUGGAAGAGGUCAUCAAAGCCAAGUUGCCAGGCGAGAAGAAGGCAAAGCCUAGCUGGUGGCGGGAGUGGUUGUAA